AUGGCAUCAACACCAGGCAAUGAUGUGGCCCUCCGCCAGUCUUUCAGCAAUGUCGGCUUACAAUCCUCGUCCUUCUCCCAGCAAGGAAGCUUAGACUGGGUUGCGUUUGGUCGAAUGCAGUAUUCAGCUUCUAUAGCUGUGCUUGGACGUCUGGCUGGCGCAGGAGUCGAUAGCCUCACGGUAGCCUUUGGGCAGGCCAUGUGUUCCGCCAUACCUCUUGGUAUACAUGGUGAAAAGGUGCUUCAGGACGCCAUGAAACGAUUGACCGCCUGUUCUACGUUCGGUGACCUGGUCUGGUUUGGCGUCGGUGUGCGACAUAUCCUACGAGACUUGGUUCAAACCAGGCAAGGGUCGGCGUUAGUGGCCCUCUGUGGCGCAAUGAGCGAGGGCUACUCGAGCGAGGUGUCCGCCUUGGUAUUGUACGAAAUGUCAGGCUCUAUGGGAGCCCCUGGCGAACUCAGGCCCUCGUUCCCGCAAUGGCACGCUCUUGCAAAGGUCACAGCCAGUGUCUUCGUUGAAGGCACCUCUGGUCUACGAAUCCGCCAAUUCCUGCGAUUAAGUGGUCUACCUCAAGGCCGGCACAAAGACCCUGGCCAUCCCGCUGACCUCGCGCAGGUCAUCCUUGCCGUUGGAAGGCUGUCGUCGAGUGCUGUUGAGACUUUGUAUAUUCAGGGGGGACCAGCCUGUAGCUGGGUCGCUGCUUUUGCUGACUGGGUCCUUGGUCUACGAGUACGAUUACUAUCGUGUAAAGGUGACUUGAUCUCAAUGAACUACGACCCGGCUCUACUGAACCCGCAAGCCGUCAUCACCUUUACACUGCCCGACACAGGACGCUCCGGUAUCCAAUGCACCGGCAGCACAGCAGCUAUUCGGCCUGGCUUGAAUGUCAUCCGCGACUUCUUCGGUAUUUCCCCUGAUUCAUUACCGACGUCAGCGAACCCAACUCUGUUCUCAGGCGGUCGCUUAGAAUGGGCAACCAUGCUUCAAGACACCUUUGGCCCGGAUUUCUCUGAACUGAUGGGAGACUCUGUGCAUUCGGGUCCCGACGAGAAUCAAGGUCCGUCAUCGUUGUCGGUUGAUCCUGAUUUCCAGAAACAUCGGUCUCAGCUCUUUGCCCGGACUCUAGCCAGCGGAACUUUUGAUAUUCUAGGAGAUACCAUCAUUCUUCAUUUUCAUAAGAGUCAUGCCGCGUUCAUGCUGUGGCUAGUGAAGCGGUUAAGUGAGCUGCGCCCUUUGACCUCAAUCCUCCUGGAAGAGUCCGUUCGUAUCACGAAGAAGGUCGCGAAAUUCAGGUGGCCCAAUUACGAUAGGAAUCUCCAAAAACUCCGAAGGGUGUGUCGUUGUAAGGCCCACCGCGUCCAGCGGAUCCCGCAACCAGGGACAACAGAAUUUUGUCUUCCCGCUAUUGCUGAGACUGUCUUGCGCUUAUCACAGCUUCUAUCGACUUCGAUCCUGCACGGGGAUUGCCGGCCUAGCCACUGCGGCCUAAUGACCAUCUACUAUGAAGCCGCUGGGCAGUUUAGGUGUGGGAGUGCUUUUAAAGAUCCGCUUGCCUCGAGCCGACUUCUCCACAUGACUUUUAGCCUCUAUGCUGGGGCGCACUCGAUCUCGUUCUCGGACGUGGCGUGCGCCUAUUCUGAUGGCAAUAUUUUUGCCUACAUGGGGACCUUGGAAAAGGCAACAGAUUCGGUCGAAGAAGCUGUACUUAUACACGUCGGCGUCGGCGCGAUCCAACAUGGUCCAGCCGUUUACAGGACUUUAUCUGGCAUCGUUCCCCUCGAGAGUAGACAAGAAUAUCCCGUCCGGCAUAAUCGUCCAACAAACGGACUAGCAGAUCUUAACCAGGAUACGACUUCACGGGACCUUCGCCUACACGCAAUGGUGCAGCAAAGAUUCGACGGUCUAACUUUCUGGUAUAGAGCCUCUUCUGAACAUGGAAUGACUACCUUCUCACCCUUAGAUAUGGUGGAGCGCCUGAUAGUCGCCCGUUCAUACUUGCGACUCGUUGCAGAACGAUACCCUUCCGUUGGUGUCAGCCGGGACGAUUCCAUAUUUGGGGAACGUUAUAAAUACGUCGUCGAGGGUGAAGGGGUUGUUUCGUCGGUGCUAGAGUUAAUGGAAAGAGGCGUCUUCCUACUUCGGCCGGUCCGCAACAACACUCUCGGCCGCUGCGUAGCCAUAGCACGCUCCCGGUUCGCAGUCUUUUUGGUUAAGAACGAUGAAGAGCUUGACAUUUUCUUCCAAUACUGGACAGAGAGGUUUGGAGCCGAAGGAGAGGGAGUCGAUGGUAGAGAAGGAAAUGAAGAUGAUGAUGAAGGCGACAAGGAAGGUAACAAUGAAAGCGAAGAGGGAGGCAAUAAUGAAGGCGACAAUGCAGGUCAGGGUGAAGGUGACAAUGAAGAUCACAUGAGCGCGUCAAGCCUUGAAAGCAACUUUGAUUGGAGGAUGCGUGGCUGUUGUCAGAUAAUCUCCUGA